CUCGUUUUAACAUGACACACAAUAUCUUCAAGCCGCAUUGGUCCAGGUUCCUAGGCCCCGACUCCCCAGAUCCUCGUGAAUUCAAGUACAAACCUACUAACGAACCGAUAUUCACAUCUCCAUACGGUCCCUUUCCGCCUACACCGGAUGACCUCAACAUCCACGAACUUUGCUUCCCACCGAACAAUCCACUGCCUGAAGACUACCCCCUCAUCAUCAAUGCAGUUACGGAGGAAGUCGUCACCCUUCACAGCUUCUAUGCUCGAGUCUGCGCACUCGCACGUGUUUUGCGCCAUGACGGACCAAAUCCACUAGGCUUGGAUAAAAGCCCUAUCGACGAUACCGAAGAGGGCGAGAUUCUAGCGUUAUUCUCACGGAAUCAUAUUCAUUACCCAAUGGUAGCACAUGCGUGUUUCCGGUCGCAAUUAGUGUUUGGCGGCAUCAGUCCAGCCAGUACACCGUACGAACUAUGGUGGGUACUCAGAAAGAUGCAAAUAACGAGUAUCAUGUGCCAUGAGACACUACUCCCAGUUCUGAAAGAAGCAAUCAAACUAGGACCCGGAGAUAGCGACAAUCUCCCCUUGAAACUUAAACUAAACCCCGCAAAGAUCAUUGUACUGAGCGAUGAUCCGAAACUCGAUACCGUCUCCGGAUACCGUACAAUAGAGUCACUUGUACGAGAAGGCUCGCAGCUCCCCGAACACCUACGCAAACUCCAUGGCGGAAAACGAAUGGCCUACCUUUUUCAAUCCUCCGGCACAUCGGGCCUCCCAAAGGCAAUGAUGAUAACCCACACCAACGGCCUGCACUCCGGCCUCCAAUCCCUCAUCACCUCCGUCCAAGCCGCCCGCUUCACCGACAACCCACCCCUAGCCCCCGUUACCACUUUGGGCGUAAUCCCCAUGUACCACUCCUACGGCAUGAUAGUCUGGAUCCUCCGCAUCAACCUCCUCAAAAACACAACCAUCAUGCUUCCAAAAUGGGACUUGCCCCUCGCUCUCCGCAGCAUCCAGACGUACAAAAUAACGCAUUUACAUCUCGUCCCCCCGCUCGUCCGCCAACUCGCCCAAAGUCCCUUAACAGAGAAUUACGAUUUGAGUUCCGUAGUCAGCGCUGGCAGCGGCGCUGCGUAUCUCCCUCCAGACGUGGCGUACCAGCUCGCUAAGAAACUGCCGCAGGGAGCUGCGACACCGAUUCCCAGCGGUUACGGACUCAGCGAGGCGGCUAGCAUCGCUAGUCCGGGUGUCAACGGGAUUUUUGGACUGGAGCCUGCAUUGCCCGGUACGAUUGGGUACUUACUACCUGGCAUGUCUGCACGAGUUGUCGAUCCAGACACAUUGAAAGAUGUAGCCAAGGGUGAGAAAGGCGAGCUCUGGGCGCGAGGAGCGGUUGUGACGCCUGGGUAUUUUAAAGAUGCAAAGGCGACGGCUGAGCUGUUUGCAGAGCCGGGGUGGCUGCGGACGGGGGAUUUGGUGAUGCGGGAUGAGUGGGAUCGGAUUCAUUAUCUUGAUCGGAUUAAGGAGAUGAUUAAGGUGAAGGGGUUGCAGGUUGCGGCGACGGAGGUGGAGGAUACGCUGCUGGAUCAUCCUGAGGGCCUUGUAAGGGAUGCGUGUGUUGCAGGUGUUGAUAAUGGGAGGGGCGAUGGGUCGUUGUUUGUUCGUACGUGGAUUGUUCUUACGGCAGAAGGGGUGAAGCAAGGGGAGGAAGAAGUAGCGAGGAAGCUGCAUGAAUGGGUUCAAGAGCGGUUGAGUCGGCAUAAGUGGUUGACUGGUGGGAUUGAGGUGGUUGAUUCGAUACCCAGGACGCCAUCUGGAAAGAUGCUGAGACGUGAGAUGAGGGAUCGAUAUCAUGAGCUGAUGAAGAACAGUGGCAAAGCUAAACUGUAAUUCAAAACAUUGAUAUAUAUUGAUGAACCUAGCACUCAAUACCUCAAAUAAAACCUUCAACUCUCAGGCUUUCAUACAAUAAACUCCCCACAAGACCUCCAUGCCGUCUUGUGGCGUCCGAGGCAACCGACAGUACCAUACCCCAACCCUAGACAAUCUGAUCCCCGAAUCUCCUUCACUGUUCCUCCUUGGUAACUUUCUUCUCCCUCUUCCCCUUCUUCUUCUUACUCUUCCUCUUCUCAUCAGACACAGCUUCAUCCUUCUCCUGCAUCAUCUCACCACCCUCAUCACUACCCUGAAACCCCUCCCAAACCUUAUCCUCAACCUCCAGACUCUCCUUACAUGUACCAUUCUUCCGCCCCUCUACCUCUGCAAGCUUAGCCGCCAACUCCAUAUUCUCCUUAACCAGCACCUGAUCCCUCCUCUUCUUAUCCCUCGCCCUCCUCUUCAAAUUCCUAACCUUCCUCCUCUCCGCCUGACCAUCCUUACUCUC